AAUACCACAGCUCCGGGUUUCAUUUAGUUCUAAGAUUUUACUCUGUCAACAUGUGGCAAGAACAAGGCUUAGAUCUUACUUACAAUAAUUUUUAUCCGAACCCCCAACAAUACUCUGACUCCAAGCCUCCCAUUACACUUGGAGACAUGAAAACCCCAAGACGAGGAAAUGUUGAUCCUCUGUUAGGACUGAUCACUCCGGAGUCUCCAACCUCCAACAAGAUUAUAAACCUAGAGAAGAAGAAUGACGAUGUUGAGUUUAAAAGUCCGGAGAACAAUCCUCCAACUAUAUUCCGUCCCUGGGACACUCCGGAGUCCCUUAGUCCAACCUCAGAUAAUAUCUCUCCGGCCUCCGAUCACAUAUCUCCGACAUCCUCCAAUUUAUAUGUGUCUCCGACAUCAAGUAGUGGUAUCUUUCCGUCCUACACAACUAUAUCAAUUGUUCCCUCUACUCCAGACCUAGCCUCCAACCAGACAGAGUUCCAGUUUGCCUCCAAUAAUAUCCCUCCACCCGCUAUUAUGGAAUCUCCAAUAUCCUCCUCCUUCCUAGCUCUAUAUGGACCAUGUCCGUUACUACCUCCAACAAAACGAAAAUUGGAGAACAUUGGAGCAUCUCCGAACCUUACAAAACGUCAAAAACCGGAGCCUCCAUUUACAAUCUCUGGACCCUCCAAGUCAAGGCCUACUUCUACCCCUCCACCCCUCACCUCCCCCUCUAAUGCUACCCCUUCUGGCAAGAAGCCUGGAUCAGGGAGUAGAAGAACAGGAUCUGGUGGGAGAAGAGCGUCUGGAACUCCGUGUGGAGUGUGUGGUGUACCAUCAACAGGUUUUCACUAUGGAGCUUCUGUCUGUGAGGGCUGCAAGGGAUUUUUCCGGCGUCGCGUGGUCUACAAGGACAUACAUAAGUUGACCUGCGGGGUUGGGAACAUGUGUCGCCUGGAGGGUAGGAACAGGAUACACUGUAAACUUUGCAGGUGGAUGAAAUGUCUGUACAUAGGGAUGAAUCCCUCCUCUGUAAAAGCUGAGGGUAAAUUAAACCUUGCAAAUCUAUCUUUUGAGGAUCAAAUCCUUGCUCUGCACCGAGAUACCAUGCUUCCUGUCCCAACCCUCUACCUGGGUAGGCAGCAUGCUAAGAAUUUAAUCAGCUGCCUGGCUACCUCCCUUCCUGCCACUGCUGAUGUAAGUCCUGCAUGCAUAAAUCAGUCCUACCUGUUCAUUAGCCAGCUACCUGGGUUCGAAAACCUGGAUGCUGACCAGCAGGCGCAUCUCAGUUCGACCGGAACAUGUCUGGUUGGGUUCCUUAGGUUCCUCUCCAGGUAUAGACCAGAGGUCAACGCGUUCCUUUUCCCCUCUGGAGAGUUCCUGAUGUCUAGUCAACUGGACCUACAGGAGAAACAGGCUUCAGAUCUAACUCUGGUUGCUACGGAGAUGUGUGAGAACGGAUUAACAGAGCUUGAGAUCGGGUUACUCAGUGUCCUUGUAGCCUGUGAUCCUAUAGAUCCUCCGCCCAUCUACUCUCAGGUUAUUCAGUUCCUUGAGGAAAGUCUGAGCAGAAACGCUAGCUGGGAACUCUUGACGUUCCUGAUAAGUAUUCAGGAUCUAUUCUUCUCCGACCCUAACUCCUGGAUGAAUCUGAGCCUGAAACAAUAAUCCUUGCUCCGACAAUACCAGGACUAAGAUCUUAAAUCGUUGUAUUGAAUUUAGAAUUUGCUUAUUUUAUCAUUGACUUUUCAUCACCAUACAUUACAGAGGUUAUAAUCCUUAGUCUUUAUCUACAAAAAUGACCAGGAACAUAUUAUAAACAAAAACCAGAUCCAAUACAACUAUUACAUUUAUGUCCUUUAUCAACCCCCUCCCCCUACCCAACCCUUCCCCCAGUUUAAAUAUCCGUCAAAACAUUUAGUAAGUCUAUGUACAGUGAAAUAAUAAAGAAAAUACAUUUAUGAAUACAAAUACAUUUAUUUAUUUAUU